UCGGCGGGAGCGUCUCUUCAUCAGCUGAUUGCUUUUUUCAAAUUAAUGUUCAGCAAAUUUUUUUGUUUGUUAAACAUGUUAUAUUAAAUACUUAACUUAAAUAUUAAACACUUUUUCAGAAAUAAGCUAGCUUACAUAUCAAUUUAAUCGCUAUUUCACCAUAUAGAUGUGGAGAGCAUAUAAUCAUAAUAAGGGGGAAACAUGGUAGCCAUUGUAUUUUGACCAUCUCAAGGAUGGCCAUGGUACAAACCAGAAUUUCCUUUGGAAGCCUAUUGCCUUGAAAAGAAACUUAAGAAAUAGAAGAUAUAGACUGAUAUUUACAAAAGAUUUAAAGACAGCAGGCUUCUAACUGAAGAUGGCAGUCAAAAAAGAUUUUAGUAUUUCAGAUUUAGUUUGGGCAAAGAUGAAGGGUUUUCCUUUUUGGCCAGCCAAGAUAGUAGAACCCCCUACAGAUAAAAAAUCUACUCCUAAAAAGGCACGUCAUUAUGUAUUCUUUUUUGGAAGUCUAAAUUAUGCAUGGAUAAUAGAUGAAAAUAUUGUACGUCAUUCUGAAGAAAUGCUACAGUCUACUUCCAGUAAGAAAAAAUCAACCCUUUUAAAAUUAGCAAUAAAACAAAUCAUUGAAGAAGCACCCAAACAAGCUAAAUCACUAGUCAAAGAAAAUGAAUAUCCUAAGAAGUCUCCUAAAGUAUUAACAAGUGGUACUGAAAAGAAGAUUGCUAAAGUACAAAGAAAGAAAGUGAAGAAGGAAAUCCAGGAAGUUCGAAAGAGAAUUUUACCUAAACGACGUUGUACGGAUAAAUCAGAAUAUGAAAGAACAUCUCCUCCUCUAAAGUUAACUAAAAGGCCUACUGAAGAUUUCUCUGAAUUAAAUACACCUCCUAAUUUAAACUGUAAGUGUAUAGCUGUUAGCAGACCAUUAGAUGAGUAUCCUUCUUCAGGAAUUACCAGCAGUGAAUUUCUGCCAUUUCCUACUUUUGAAAAUGAAGGCCAAAAAGAAACUGAAGAAGCACCCAAACAAGCUAAAUCACUAGUCAAAGAAAAUGAAUCUCCUGAAGUAUUGACGAGUAGUACUGAAAAGAAAAUUGCUAAAGUACAAAGAAAGAAAGUGAAAACUGAAAGCCAGGAAGUUCGAAAGAGGGUUUUACCUAAACGACGUUGUACGGAUAAAUCAGAAUAUGAAAGAACAUCUCCUCCUCUAAAGUUAACUAAAAGGCCUACUGAAGAUUUCUCUGAAUUAAAUACACCUCCUAAUUUAAACUAUAAGUGUAUAGCUGUUAGCAGACCAUUAGAUGAGUAUCCUUCUUCAGGAAUUACCAGCAGUGAAUUUCAGUCGUUUCCUACUUUUGAUUUACAUGAAUCCAAUGAAGCCAUAAAAGCAGAAAAUGUCACACCAUCGCAUAAGAAGAUUGGAUUUAUUGGUCUCGGAAUGAUGGGUCAAAGGCUUCUUAAAAAUCUGCUUACUUCCAAUCACAAAGUCACAGUUUGGAAUCGAACCCCUGAGAAAUGUGCAGAUUUUGCUAAAGUUGGAGCUGAGGUUGCACAUACUCCAAGUGACGUGGUUGAGAACUCUGACAUAAUUUUUUGCUGUGUUUCUGGUCCUGAGGCCUCAAAAAGCCUGGUUUUUGGAAACUAUGGCGUUCUGUCAGGUCUUGAAAAGUCGCCACCUGGAUCAAAAAGUUAUGUUGAAAUGACUACAUUGGAUCCAACUACAUCAAUAAACAUUCACGAAGCUAUCACAAGUAAAGGUGGGAAUUAUCUUGAAGCUGCAAUCUGUGGAUCUAGAAAACCCGUAGAAGAUGGAAUUUUGUUAAUUUUGUGUGCAGGCGAUAAGAAUGUUUUUGUCUCUUGUGACAGUUGCUUUUUUACCUUUUCAAAAAAUGUAUAUUAUCUUGGAGCCUAUGUUUGCUUCGCUUCUCAGAUGAAUCUGAUUCUUAGUACAAGAGUGGUAGAAUCACCUGCUGCCUUGUUAGAAGCCUUGGACCUUGUUGAGCGUUGCAAUCUUUCUGAGGCCAGUUUCUUUGAAAUUAUGGAACCAAUAUGUUCACCUCUUCUUAUAGAAAAAGGAGAAGCCAUAUUAUCACGUAUCUUUAAAACUAAUACUGCUCUUAAGUACCAACAAAGAGAUAUAAUUUCGGCUCUUACAUUUUAUAUAGACCGUGGACACCCAAUGUCAGUCACGACAGCAGCAAAUGAAGUGUUCGAACGUGCUAAACUUCGAAAUUAUUCUGACCAUGAUGUAUCUGCUGUUUACAUGGGAACUGAGUAUUAGUGUCAGUUCAUUGUUUUGCUAUACUAUGUUGUAUGCCUGAGGGACAUAUAUGUUUUUUUUAUCCCAAUUCAUUGUAAAAUGUUAUAAAAGAUUUCAUAAUCCAUUAAAGA